CGAUUUCACAUCCCCAACAAUCGAGAGCCACGAUCAAACACUGGAACACACUAGUCAUCUAUACACUAUGAAAAAUCACUCAAAGAACAACUCACUCGUGAUGUCGCAUUAUUCGAUCAAGGGUCAGACAUCACAUACACCUGUAGACUGAUGUGAUACAUCUAGACACGAUGUUACUUCGACACACCUAAGGGAAGAAUAAAAUCAUCAACUGUAUGAACGAUGGACCUAAACUUAGGAUACAAAAACGGCAUUAAUUGGAUUGACACAGAGGCACACUAUGACUAAAACUUCUUCUUAACGCUCAUUUCGCAGAAUAUACUCAAAAAAUACAACCUAGGUAUGGACUGCCAACCAUCACAUUAGGGCAAUUUCACACAAGGUACCAUUCACAAAUGAAAAUUUACUUUUCAAACUCAAUGUAAACCAAAUUGAGAAGUUCCAAAGUUACUAAUGAUAAUAAUAAUAAUAAUAAAAUAAAAUAAAAACCGUGCUGCCAAACGAUCGCUGCACUCGUAGACAAUCUAUUUGACGUUCAAAGCUAUUAAAAUGCACUUUAUCAUUUUUAUUUGGUCUAGCUUGAACGUAGCUAAAUAUUUUAUAGCUUGGUUGUUAUUAUAUUACUUAGGAGCUCCGUCAUCAGUAGCUUUUGUUCUGACAAUCACUUAUAUUGAAGCAAACUAUUAUGAGAGACACAUAUGUUAGUUAAAUCUUCAAUUCCAUAACAUUUUUAGGUCUGUUUGGGAACUCACUAGUUUCUGGAAUGAGGUUAUUGAAGCUUAAUUGGACCUCUUACGACAAUCAGAUCAAUAGAUUUAACUUACAAAGUGUAGAGACUGCGGAUAAUAUUAAGGGUCUGCAUUUUCUACCGACACUGCCUCCAGGCAAUAGGUCCCUUUGGGAAUGGUCUGAAGAUCAAAGCGAGAUUGUGAAAGGAUAGACAAUUAUUAUUACAAUUCAGAAGACGUUUGGACGCUUGAUUAAUAUCAUUAUCACAAUCUCUUCAGUAACAACGUUAU